AUGCACAGCCAUGGUUCUGUGCAUGUGAAUGGCGCCCCCUGUGGUCGCACAGUGUACAUCUCCCAACAGGGCGCCCCCUGUGGUCGCACAGUGUACAUCUCCUUCCACGGCACACAGAGGCCCUGGGCCCUUCAGCAGCACCAUGCUGUUCACGAAAUUUCCUACAUUGCAAAGGACAUCACAGAUCACCGCGCCUUUGGCUACGUUUGUGGAAAAGAAGGAAAUCACAGAUUUGUGGCCAUAAAAACAGCCCAGGCGGCUGAACCUGUUAUUCUGGACUUAAGAGAUCUCUUUCAACUUAUUUAUGAAUUGAAGCAAAGAGAAGAAUUGGAAAAAAAGGCACAAAAGGAUAAGCAGUGUGAACAAGCUGUGUAUCAGACAAUUCUGGAAGAGGAUGUUGAAGACCCUGUGUACCAGUACAUUGUGUUUGAGGCUGGACAUGAGCCAAUCCGUGAUCCCGAAACAGAAGAAAACAUUUAUCAGGUUCCCACCAGCCAAAAGAAGGAAGGUGUUUAUGACGUGCCAAAAAGUCAACCUGUAAGUAAUGGCCAUCCCAUCGAGCAUUUUGAGGAACGGUUCGCUGCAGCCACCCCGAACAGAAAUCUGCCGAUGGACAUCGAUGAGAUUUUGGAGGCAACGCAGGCUGUGACCCAAACUCCUGCAACUCCAGGUGAUGCCUUUAUCCCGUCUUCAUCUCAGACACUUCCAGCGAGUGCAGACAUGUUUGGUUCUGUACCUUUCGGCACUGCUGCUGUACCCUCAGGUUAUGUUGCAAUGGGCGCCGUCCUCCCAUCCUUCUGGGGCCAGCAGCCCCUUGUCCAACAGCAGAUCGCCAUGGGUGCUCAGCCACCAGUCGCUCAGGUGAUGCCGGGGGCUCAGCCCAUCGCAUGGGGCCAGCCGGGUCUCUUUCCUGCCACUCAGCAGCCCUGGCCAGCCGUGGCAGGGCAGUUCCCACCAGCCGCCUUCAUGCCCACACAAACUGUUAUGCCUUUGCCGGCCGCCAUGUUCCAAGGUCCCCUUACCCCCCUUGCAACCGUCCCAGCCACGGGUGACUCCACCAGGUCAAGUCCACAGACCGACAAGCCCAGGCAGAAAAUGGGGAAAGAAAUGUUUAAGGAUUUCCAGAUGGCUCAGCCUCCGCCCGUGCCCUCCCGCAAACCCGACCAGCCCUCCCUCAGCUGUACCUCAGAGGCCUUCUCCAGUUACUUCAACAAAGUCGGGGUGGCACAGGAUACAGAUGACUGUGAUGACUUUGACAUCUCCCAGUUGAAUUUGACCCCUGUGACUUCUACCACACCAUCGACCAACUCACCUCCAACCCCAGCCCCUAGACAGAGCUCUCCAUCCAAAUCAUCUGCAUCCCAUGCCAGUGAUCCUACCCCAGAUGACAUCUUCGAGGAAGGCUUUGAGAGUCCUAGCAAAAGCGAAGACCAAGAAGCUCCUGAUGGGUCACAGGCCUCAUCCAACAGUGAUCAAUUUGGGGAGCCCAGUGGGGAACCCAGUGCUGAUAAUAUAAGUCCACAGGCCGGUAGCUAGAUAGCGCAGGUCUGGGAGCUGAAGCCUCUCUGCGCAGAUCAACAGACCUAAGAAAUAGCAUCAAUGUGGGCUCGUGGUGGGUGCUUCAAGACUGGCAUGGAAAUCAGCAUCACAACAGGCUCUCUUGUAUUCUUUCACCUCACCUCAUCCCACGAAGAAAUUCAUUCUUGCCCUGUGGAACUCGUUUGAAAGAGAGAACUAAGAGUUUUUGGCAACCAACGGCAGAUACCUAUGGCAGCACAAAAAAACAAACAAACAAACAAACAAAAAAACCACAAAGUAUAACAAAAUCAUACCCAAUGUUAAAUCACAAAUCAAGCAAAUGCUUUUCAAACAAAUAUUCUGAGCUCUCCUAAUGUGGGUUUAAGAUGACCCAGUAUGCAAAAUCAUAAUUCUCUUUUUAUUUCUCUACCUGUUGACCACUAUAGAGACAUCAAAUUUGGCGUGACAGGCCUCAGAAAGUUACAACAAGGUCGGCACUGACUUCUUUUAGGCAAAGCAAGAGGUCCUCUGUGACUACAAUCUCAUGACCCAUAUGCCUUUUGACAUAUGAUGAUGUUUUUUCAUCACUCCACAGGGCCUCGUCUGCCAUUUUCCCCCUCUCCUUCCUUUGUCAUGUUUGAAAAUUAAUGGGUGUACAAAUUUUUGUAUCACUUUUGACUUUUCUUAGAUAUUGAUGAAGAAAUCUAACUGGAAAAAAAGUCUCAUCUGAAAUGAAUUAACUUGAAAUCACAAGAAAAUAAGCAGUUGAUUAUUCUUUAUGAUCAAGAAUGUUGCCAAAACCCUUUAGCUAUUUCUGCAUCCUGGUGAAGAAAGACAGCUUUCGUUGUGAAACUUCAUUCUGUGAGUAGGAAAGGACAUCAAAUCCCAUUGAUGAGAAAGAUGAAAAAUGCAUCUGAUUUCCUAAGAAGCUCUAAAUUCUAAGUACAAUAAAAUGAUAUUUUUUAUUUUUCCGAUAUCUUGCUGCUGUGAUGCUAUGCAGACAAGUGUCUUCUCCACGUGCCAUUUUCAAAGAAAAGUCAUUUGCCAAAUAAUCCUGAUACAAUCCUGGUAAUGUGGUUUUGGAUCUUAAAAACCAACUUUCUAUUGGAAUAACGGUGACAUGAAUAUUCAGAAUAACAAACUGAUUCUGUAGUCACAAUGGUUCAUCUCUAUCUCUUUUUGUACAUCAGAAAAUUCAAAUGGGAUUUUUAUUUUAUAACUUGAAAAAAAAAACCUUACCAUUAAACUCUUUAAAUAUUUAAGGGAAAUGGC